UAAGCCCUGAUAAAGCCUCCCCUGGUUAAGCCUGCUGAGACCAUAGCUGUAUCCUCCACAGGUUAAACCAUGAUGGGGGGGAGGCAAAUUUAUCUGUUAGUCUCCCAGUGAGUUUCCGUGGCUGAGAAUGGAUUAGAAUCUGGCUCUUCCUUACCCUGGUCCAGCAUCAUACCUGCUGCACUGUGGUACUUGGGAAAGGAGGAUGCCUCAAGUCCUGGCUUGAUACCUGCGAAGGUCGUCAGCGUGAGGAUUGGUUGCAAAGUUCCUUUUUCAUCACGGUUGUAACUGAAUGGCCGCUGUAUGAGGCAGUUGCUGAACGAGGGCUCCCUGUCAUUCUUAGCCUUGGUACAUUACAGGGUUGCUGGGAGGGGAAAAUUUUGUGUGUGCUGCCCUGACCUCCUUGCAGGAACUUGCUGUUCAUCAUUGCCACCAAGGGACUUAUCUUUCUGCUGAUGUAAACUCAUUAGAUGUUUGAAGCCAUGGCCAAUCCUUCAGGAGAAGAACCUGUCUCCAAAGCUGGAGAACUUUGCCAUGAAUGUGGACAAUUACACUUGUUGCCAGACAACCAUCUUUAUAAUUUCCAAGAUGAAGUAGAUGAUGACCUGACUUGCCACAUUUGCCUUCAGCCUUUGCUCCAGCCUAUGGACACACCUUGUGGACACACAUACUGUUUUAAAUGCCUUGAAAACUUCAUGCAGGAGUACAACUUCUGUCCUAUGGAUCGGAAGAAGCUGUCCUUCCAGCACUGCCGAAGGUCUAGCCUGUUGGUGCGGAAUCUGCUGGAUAAGCUCAUUGUCCUCUGUCCUUUUCAAGAAGACUGCAAACAGACUAUGCAACGAUGUGAGCUCGAAGCUCAUUUGCAGAACAGAUGCCCUGGCUUCAAGAAAUACAAAGCACGUCUGGAAAGGAAGAGGAAUCCUCAGUCCAGGAUGAAGGGAGAUUCUCUUUCCAGGCUGGAAGCAAAGACUGUGAAAGAUCCUGAGGUGUCAAACGGAGUGUCACCCUCAGUGACUGCAAGCUCCGUAGCUGCUGUCCUGUCCCCCGAGAUACCAGAUCCUGGGCUGGUGAACCCAGCCUUUGAUGGGAGUGAAGAAGAUUUACCUCAAAGAGCUAGUCUUCUGGCAGAGACAAAUACAAUUGAAAUCCACCGAGAAGAUCCUGAGGAGGAGCUUGGUAUGCGUAUAGUUGGUGGCAAAGAUACACCUCUUGGUAACAUCGUUGUGCAGGAGGUAUUUCAGGAUUCUGUGGUGGCUGCAGAUGGAAAAAUAACACCCGGGGACCAUAUCCUAGAGGUGAACGGUGUGAACAUUAGCAGCGUGACCCACUGCCAAGCUAUCUCGCUCCUGCGCCAACCCUGCGAUGUGCUCCAUCUUCUGGUGCUCCAAGAGAAAGGGUUUACCGGCAGGACAGGGCAAGUGGAUUCCAACCCGGUAGUAAACCAGGAAGUGAUCCAUGUUAUCCUCGUAAAAAGAGACCGAUCCGAACCCCUUGGCAUUAAACUGAUCAGAAAAACAGAUGAGCCUGGGAUCUUUAUUCUGGACUUGUUAGAUGGAGGGUUGGCAGCCAAAAAUGGGAAAUUGCGUCAGAAUGAUAAGGUCCUUUCUAUAAACGGCCAGGAUCUACGUCAAGGAACGCCUGAAGCAGCUGCACAGAUAAUCCAGAGUAGCGAAGCCCGGGUCAGCUUUGUGGUCCUCCGCCAGUCUGGCAUGCCGCUCUUGGAGGCUGGCGAGGAUGGCAGCACCCCCAACGUCAGCAGCAGCAACGGGGGAAGCCCCAUGCACAGUCACAGGAGACCCGAACACAAUCACUACCGGCGAAAAUCCAACUACCAGAAGGCACUCCCUCAAGGAUACUUCAGCCAGGAGAAGGUAGUUACCAUAAAGAAGGACCCCAAAGAAUCUCUGGGAAUAACCAUAGGAGGUGGAAGAGAUAUUAAAGCCAGACUCCCUAUUUAUGUAACCAGUGUCCAGCCUGUUGGAUGCCUCUUCAGGGAUGGGAGAAUUAAGAAAGGAGAUAUACUUUUGAGUAUCAACAAUAUUGAUUUGACUCAUCUGAAUUAUAACGAAGCCGUCUCUGCUCUGAAAUCAAACGCAGCAUUGCAGACAGUGGUACUGAAAGUGCUUGAAGUUGUAAUCCCAGAUAAGGCAUCUGAAGGUGCUGAGACAUUUGACAGCAGGGAAAACGGGCUCAGCUGGGCAGGCUGGUCUCCUCUCUGGCUCACGUGGCUUGGAUUGCCAAGUCACCUCCACUGCUGUCAAGAUAUUGUCUUGCAUAAGAGCAACUCUGAGAGCUGGGGAUUCAGCAUAGUGGGUGGAUUUGAAGAAAGCAAAGGAAACCAGCCAUUCUUCAUUAAAACCAUUGUGCCUGGAACACCUGCCUUCUGGGAUAGACGGCUGAAGUGUGGGGACGAAAUUGUGGCAGUCAACGGAGUGUCGGCCAUGGGCAUGAGCAACAGCGAACUGAUUCCAAUGCUGAAGGAACAACGGAACAGGGUGACCCUAACAGUGGUCUCUUGGCCUGGCAGCCUCGUGUAAGGUGCCAGCUGUAACAGGAUGCUGAACUGGGAAUGCCUUCGGUGGUGCCUUUCGCUGUUUGGAGCGGACCGACCAAGGAAAGGCUGAGCUGGCCUCAGACGGGCUUCCUCCAAGGGGCCGGUUUCCCAUGGAAAAGGCAAAUGCAGCUUGUUGUUGGAGUCUGAUUUUAGAUCCAUCCACCUGGUAAGUUAAAACUGUACUCUGAUAAGCAGUUGGCGGUGUCUCAUUUUAUGGUUAUUUUUGUCAUCACGACGCGUGUUGAACAGGGAAACUCUGAGCCACAGCCUGCUGCUCCUGAAUUCCUCUUUUAAACCUGCUGAGCUAAACAACAGCAAGCUGAAACUCUAAAGUGAUUUAUGGCCUUUAAUACAGUCAUCUCGGCUAUUAGUUGACUGAAGUAGCCACGUUCAAGAUACUAAUAAUUACAGGGAGUGAAUCAUUUAGAUACUGAUGCCUUGCAAAGGAGGUGGCAUGGGAGUGUUAAUCCCAUUGUGUAGGUAUAUUUGUGCCUCUUGCUCAAUCUGAUUUUUCAGCCUUGAUUCAAUGUGUUAUUUCCAAUGUAAAGCUUGUGGCUGGACACUUAGCAGCCUUGUUCGACUUCAGGACUUGUUUUUGAGAAGGCGGUCUGGAAGCCCAGAAGAAGAAAGUUCCUUCUCCACUGAGCCCCUUUCCAGGCUCUCUCUCCUGUCACUUAUUUCCCAAGUUAGAGAGGACAAGAACGACCUCUGGAAGAGCUGUUCUGGAAGAACUCUCCUAAAAGGGAGAGAUCGGCCACUUGAUAUAAAUUAAAUAGGUGGCUACUGUGUCCCUGCAGACAAUGAAGGCUUUUAGAACAGGGCCAGUUGCCCAAUUCCCCCCACAGUGGCUUGAGAAGUUCUCUUCCUGCUCAUUUCCAUCCCAACAAACCCAUUAUGACCAUCAUCCUGGCUGGGUUAACUUCUGAUCACAGCAUCUUAUUAAAACGGCCAAAGAAAGGAGUUUGGAGGAAAUAAAGCCAUCUAGCCACGCUGCCCUUCGAAGUGCUUUCUCCCCCUGCACAGAGAAAUUUGCAGACCUCCAGCUGCCACCGUGUUCUCUAGUUGUGGUCUUCCUGGAAAUAGGGAAGGGAGAUGAACAGGUGAUCAGCAUACCAACCUUACCCAGCUCAGAAAGCAGUCAAAACCCACCUCCCUCUGCUGUUUUCCUUUUACCCAAUUCCUGUAAUGGUUUCUGUUUUUUUAGAUCAGUCAUAUCCUUUAACUAAUUGAGCAUCCUUGUGAUUGCUUGCCGAGUACGUUUGUCCUUCCUUUUUUCCAUGGCAGAGACUUUGUCCUGUGAACAGUUGUAUGGCAGAUUAAAAAAAUCAGCAGCCCAGCCUAUUGUACAGAAAGGUAGCAAAAACUGCGCCUAAGGAAGCAUUUGCUAAAUCUGUUUUCUUGCAUAUAUGUGUACGCACGCAUAUGCCGAUAUUUGAAGAUAGUUUCUUUUUGUAAAAGUAAUCUCUCCUUCCUUAAAUAGCCAUAAUAGCUGUUUUCUAAGGGUACAUUUAUUUCACUGGUUCAAAAACCUGCUUUCUAUUGUUCCAUGAUCUACGAAGUGAUCCAGUAGCCUGUUUGCAAAUGUUGUGUGGUUGUGAAAUAAGUUACAGAACUUACUAGUUUGUCAUAAUUAGGAAAAUAAUACGGCCUGCUACCUCCAGUUAAAAGGGAUUUCUAAGACCUUGAUUUGCACAGAAAUUUUAAGACUGCUGAAACACUGCAACCCUCUACAAUGUGCUUCUCUCACUUCCUCUCAAGAGAGCAUGCAGGUGGGAAGUUAGGUUCACACAUCUCAGGAAACAACUUGCAGGUGGAUACUGCUCCCACAUUCCUGCUUCCCCCAGGAACAUGGGACUUCCACUUUCUGGAAGUUCUGGUGUGCCUUUCAGUUGGAGCCUUAUUUCAACUGAAGAGCAAGUCAGGCUGACAAAAGUACAGGGCUUAAUAUUCACAUAGGCUGUGUGAAAUAGCAAAUAAACAAAAGGACUUGUAAAACUGAUUUAUGCUUAAAUCUGAUUCAUGCUUGGACUUUGUUGCCUCAUUUUAAUCUGGCAAGUAGGUACUAAUGCUACAUUUAAGGAUGUUGAUUCAGUGGUGCAAAUGUCAAUUUCAUGAGAUUAGCCGUAUGUGUGCUACACUUAAAUAUGUACUUGUCAAAGCAUAUGCCUGAAAGUUAAGGUCUGCAUUCAGAUGUGCUUUUAAAGGAUAUUGGUAGUUACAUCUGCCUAAUUUACUGAUAAGAAUAAUGACUUCUGUCUUCACGUUUGAGUCGUGUGUGACCUCUGUAAAGUGUGUCUCUUGCAAUAGCUGUAAAAGGGUAUCAGACCUUUUUUCAAAUGAAGGGGGUGUGCAUUUUCAUUUCAUUGUAUUGUCUUAUUUCAAUGUGCCUUCAGCAAUCAGCAGGAAAUCUAGUAGCUACUGUAUUACUUUGCACCAAAGAAUUUGUUGAAACUUGUAGAGACUUUGUCAUUGCUCUGAUACAUUUAUAAAUUAUUCUGAAGUUA